AUGAAUAAACGAAAUGAACAGACAAAAAUCAAAGAUAAAAUUCAAAAUAAAGUUGAUAAAGAACAGAAUGACAUGAAAGGUUCACCAAUUGGUAGAAUAAUAAUAGAUAUCCCAUAUGUGGGGAAGAUAACUCAACAAUUGAAUAAAGAUCUCAAGAAGCUUGCUAAGAAAGUAAAACCAACAACACAAGUCAUAGCAGUACCUAGACGGUCACCAGCAGCAAGACGAAUGUUUAAAAACAAAGAUGAAAUACCAAAAAAUCUUCAAUCAAAUAUUAUCUAUCAAGCUUGUAGAAGAUUAAAGGAACAUGGAGCUCCAACAGAAAUACCAGUAGAACAUACAAAUGUAAAUCUUAGACGCUCAGCAAGAAUUGCUGCUAUGAAUGGUAAUAAUAAUGCUCGAAUUUCAUAUUAUGAAUCGGAUAGUAUUGAAGAUGAUCUUCCUAGUACCACAUAUACAUUAACAAUUAAGCGCCAUAUGACUUCAACUCCACAUAAAAUUGAUUGGCAUAAUUGGAGUAUCGUGGAUAAGACAAACAUUCAUAUAGAUGACUUGUGA